UAAUGUGAUCGAGUGGGUCGAACGGACGUUGUCACCUUGACCGGAACGUCUCUAUGGAGAACAUUGUCCCCGAGAAGACAUGAGGGAGGCUGCGUGGAGUCGUUGCUACUAAAGCGGUGAUCUCGGUGCACCGGCGGCUUGGAUGCAGAACUAGGUUUGCGCGAAGUUUAUCUUCUAUAACUUUAACACACUGUCGACAACUGAGCAUCGCCUUUAUAUCUUCAUUCUCCUUCUCUGUCGCCAGCUCAUUCGUGUCGACAAUACGAGCUGACAUCUAAAUAAAGAACCCGUGGCCAUGGUGACAACCGUCUGGCUCGUUUUAGCGGCGCUGACUGCCGGUUGCCGUGUGACGAGUGGCCAGCAGCUGCCCUUCUGGGACGCCAACAGCUACGUGGACCAGAUGAUCCUGACGAGACUGCGGACACACAGGGAGGACGUCGAUCCCCUAGAGGUGCCGCCAUUCGCUCUGCACAACAGCCACGAUAAGCGGUACGGCCCGGUGCGCUUUCAGACAUCGAACGUCACCGGCCUGAGCCGACUCGCCCGAUUGCAGCGUGGAGACCAGUGCGCCAGCGUCACCGACGAGUUCCCCGACAGGGCCAACGUCACCUGCCACGUCACCUUCGACGCCAUCAAGGUGUACCUGGACAGCCUUCUGACUCGUGAUGGCCAUGAAGUCUUGGAUAUCAAAGCCAACGUGACCUUCCGAAACGUGCUCGCGCGGCUUGACGUGUACUUCGCUCCGUGGUACGACCCAGUGGCCAACCUCACUGUCGGCGCCACUUUCAACGACCUCCGUUCGACCUUCGACGGCCUCACCAAGACGCCUGAAACGCAAAAACUCCUCUGGGGCUACGAAAAGGUGGCGAAGGACAUCGUAGCCCAGGCCAUUACUGUGGAAGUCAGUAACGUUUUGACUAAAGUCGCGUCGGAGCUGGUAUUUCCUUGCUGCAGCAGCAGGUGACAAGAGCAAACGACGCAAGGACCCGGGUCCAGCGGGACCCGGAUAGAACGUCAACGGUCGACUUCCACCAGCAAUUGUAAAGAAUCAGGCUGCUGCACGUGAGUGUAUCUGUUCAUGCUGGUUGAUCUCAAUGACCAGCGUGUGAGGAAGACAUAAACUGUGUCAUGUGCCUCCACCUUUGUG